AUUUCUUUUUCAGUUCAUCGCGCAACUCCAAUUUGAUUCUGCUUCUGUUUAUCGAAAUUAUGAGCUUCACGUUUAUUCAAUCACCCAAUUACGCCUUUUCAUCAUUUCGGAAGAAUGUAGAUUCUUUUUUCUGCUGAAAGCAAAAUUUCUCCGGCAGUUUUUGGUGUCUAAAAUCGAUGGAUUUUAUCCAUUCUAGAUUUCAGCCAAAAUAACUUAAGUGGGGAGUUACACAAUGGUAAUCUCGUGAUAAUCUUGAAUGGCUGCAAGGCUCAUGCCGUCGACUCUUAUGAAGAAAUUUCUCAAAGGGGUUAAACCAAAUUCAUGCUUAUCUCCAAUUCUUAGUGGUAAUUAUGUUGAUUCUUUCCUGGAAAACAAUCAGAGUAAUCCAAGGUUAGAAGAAAGUACACAAUCCUUGAACAAUAAGUUCGUCUUAAACAACUCGGUCAAAGGUUUGGAUAAUGAAAAUAACCUGAACUCAGAGGUAGAAAUCUUCAAAUGUUUGGCUAUCCAGAAGGGAUUUUCCCAUACGGUCCAAACAUAUUAUGUGACGAUUCUCAAGCAGGGUUUGGAUGGGAACGUUGAGGAAAUGGAUAGGACAUGUCAAGAUCUCGUGAAGGAUGGGUGUCUGGGUGUUGAAGAAGUUAUUGUCACUUUGGUUAAUGCCUUUGUUAGACAUGGUAGAACCAGAGAAGCACUUCGGGUACUUCCUCAUGUAAACUUGGUUGGUUUAAAGCCUUCGAUAGAGACAUUUAACGUUGUAUUGGCUGUUUUCGUUGAGGAGAACAGAGAUAUUGAAGAGGUUUUAUUUGUUUACAAAGAGAUGGUGAAAGCUAGCAUUGUACCAAAUGUUGACACAUUAAAUUUUCUGUUAGCUGCAUUGUUUCAUGCUGAACAAAUCAAGACAGCCAUGAACCAGUUUAGGAGAAUGAGCAAGAAAGGAUGCGUUCCUAACAGUAAAACCUUCGAGAUUCUCUUAAAUGGUCUAAUUACACGAAAUCUAGUGGAUGAAGCUGUUUUAGCUUUGGGUAUAUUAUACAAAAUUGGGUGCGAACUCGAUUUGAGCUUUUAUACAUGUGCAGUAUCUUUAUUUUGUAGGGUAGACAGAAUAGAUGUUGGAAGCUGGUUGUUUAGAAUGAUGAAAGCUUCCAAUAUUAUACCAGAUACCUUGAUUUAUAGUACUCUAAUACAAAGUUUGUGCAAAAAUCUAUUAUUAGAUGAGGCAUCAUUUCUGCUCGAAGAGAUGGUUGAAAGUGGUUUGAUGCCUGAAGACAAUGUAUAUGUUAGUAUUAUAAAAGUUUUUUUUGAGCUUGGGAAAACCGAUGAGGCUAUAAAGUUUGUGAAAGAUAGAUGUUUUUUGUUCACUUCUCCUCACAACGCAUUGCUUGAAGGUUGCUGCAAUGUUGGAAAUAUCUUAAUAGCAAAUCGUGUCUUAGGACAAAUGUCGAAAAUGAGUAUUGAUGAUUGUAAAUCUUGGAACAUAGUUAUUGGAUGGUUGUGCAACAAUGCAAGAAUUGGAAAAGCUUUUGAAUUCCUAGGUAAAAUGAUUGUGUUGUCAUUUGUGCCUAACAAGGACACAUAUGCAGCUCUUAUAAUUGGAAAUUGUAAAUCCAGGAGGUACGAGGCUGCAUUACAGUUAAUGAACGAGGUACAUGCUAGAUGUUGGGUUCUUCAUGCUGGAUGUUAUUCCGAGCUUAUCGAAAGCCUUUGCCAAGCCAAAAGGACUCUUGAGGCUGCAGAAGUCUUUUGCUACAUGUCUAAAAACAGAUACCCUCUUCAUCCUUCUUUAUUUGAUACAUUGAUCAAAGGGAUAUGUGAUUUAGGACAUAUCGAUGAAGCUUUAGUGCUGCUACAAUUGGCAUGUUAUGCUGGUACUUCUUGUAAAACCGUGACGUAUGCUUCUAUCGUGUAUGAGUUGUCUAAAUCUAACAAGGCAGAGAUUGCCUUACUAGUCUUAUCACAGAUGCUGGUGUUGGGCUAUAGCCUUAAUUUGGAGACAUACUGCAUUUUCAUACAUAGUUUUUGUGCCAUGAAUCGGGUAAAGGAUUCUAUAACGCUUUUCAACCGUAUGGUCAAUGAGGGCCUUCUACCUGAUUCAGAAAGACUUCAUGAUUUAUUGUUAUGUAUAGCUGAUCAUUCUCAGCUACAUAUGAUUUUGACUACAAUUGAUAAACUUAUUGCACAUACUGACCUUGUAAAUACUGCUACUUACAACUUGCUUAUCAAUGGGCUAUGGAAAGAGGACAGAAAAUAUGAAGCAUGUAAAUUGUUGGACUCGAUGUUGGAAAAGGGGUGGGUACCGGAUGCUACGACUCAUGGAUUGCUGAUUGGCUCUCUAGUUAAUGAGAAUUCGGUCAUUGAGGAUAAUGUAAGCAGCAUACUUGUUGAGGGCCUAGGGAAUACAUGAGAACCGACUUUCACAGGAGAAUGCCAUUUGAUCCAUCGACGAUCGAAGGCCUGGGGUGCCAUUUGAUCGAUUUAUGGUUCACAUGUAUCAUUAAUGCUGGCCUCUUUGAUUGUUUGACUGUAAAGACAUUUCUCAAGCUUUCUCCUCAACACUUAUCCCCCCUUAUAAAUGAGCAAUGUCAAAUGAGCAAAUGGAUACAACCGGAUCCUCUCUCCACAAGCAGCAACAGAAAGAACAGUUUUGAAUUAAAAGGGGCCAUGGAGGGAAAGAAGCUAUCGUGCAAGUUAAAGUAAUACGAUCACGUGACGUAGGAGUUUCAUCUACCUGCUAGGAUGUGCAUUGAAGCGAGCCAGAGGUAACUUUCCAAGUUAAGGAUGUCGUAGACAUUUUACGGCUUCAUCAUAGCUGAAGUAAUAGAGUCGAACUUAUAUAGAUCGUUGCAAGUUCUGGGAAUACCGUCCAAUCUUCGUAAUAUAUUCAUUGACCUGUAGACAAGCCUGGUGAAUGAUUGAAUUCAUAAGAGGAAAAAUGUUGUGGACUACGGAGGCUUGGGCUUUGUUAUGGUGUUUGUGGCUC